CCCACCCACGGCAACAAUUUCAAUUUUGAGUAGAAUAUACUCUAGUGCUCUUCUUCUGCCUCUGCCAAAUCCUAACCCCCCCUCCCAGUAUUUUUGUUGCAUCAAAUUUCCGGCUUGUAAUCGCCACAAUUCUCCUCUGGUUUUUUUUUCCCUCUGUCACACUUACACAGGAUGGUGGCUGGGUUUUUUCAGGACUUGGCUUUUUCUGCAUCCCUCACGAUGGUUGUUUAUUUUAUUCUGUCUAAGCUUCGUUCGAGUUCUGCUGAAGAUAUCACCAAUGUUACGUGCAAUUCAAGAAACGAUGUUUUUAUUUAUAAAGCUGGGUUUUUGGAGCAUGUUGGCGAAAAAUAUCCUGGGGUUUUUGAUAUUAGACAAGAAAGAAAUCUUGGGAAUUCUGGGUUUCAAGCAGUGAUGUCGGGAGAAGUUCACAGUGUUGAUGGUGAAGGGAACGAGCUGAAACAAGAAAAGAAAGAUAAUAACACCAACGAUGAAGCUCUUGGUGGAGUUGUCGAAAACGUACUAGUACAAGAGGCGAGGGAAGAAAAAGAUAGUGUCGGUGUCGGUGGCGGUGAGGAUAUUAAAGAAAAAGAAGAAGUUGAUGAAUGUUCUGAAUCGAGGCCAAUGCCCCAGGAAACUGAAGAAGAACUACAAAGCCUAGUUGAAGAAGCUUAUGUGGCACUGAGUUUAAGGGAAGAAUUUGAGGUGAGGGAGGGCAAGGAUGAGGAAAUUUGUGAGGUUUUGGAGAAUAAACAUAGUCAAGAAACAGAGAGGGAUGCAGCACAGAGCACUGAGAGGAGUGAGGGCAAUGAAUCUAAUGAUCAGGUGGGGGUGGAAGAAUCAGAAGAGGGGCUGUUUGAUGAUUGGGAAGGGAUAGAGAGAAGUGAGCUGGAGAAGCAUUUUGAUGCAGCAGUGGCUUUUGUUGGUUCCAAGGGCAAUGCUGAUCGUAUUGAUGGCAAUACAAGGAUGCAGCUUUACGGGCUUCACAGGGUUGCCAUGGAAGGAACUUGCCACGGGCCACAGCCAAUGGCAUUGAAGGUUUCGGCUCGUGCUAAGAGGAAUGCUUGGCAAAAGCUGGGUGACAUGAGCUCAGAAAUGGCAAUGGAACGGUAUAUGGCCCUUCUGUCAGCAAGCAUACCUGAAUGGGAGGACAAAAUCAUAAAAAAGUGAGAGGCCUUUCUGAUGCCUGUAGCUGAUCACGCGGAGGGCUGCAGUUUCUAGUACUUUUACUCCAAUCUUGAUUUCAACAGAGGAUUUUAGGGAGAACUGCAUGUGUUUGUAAAUCAAAAACUGAUUCCGCCUUAUCCAUCAUGAUUUGAUUAUUACUAUACCUUUUAUGGUAGUAACAGUAGUAGUAUUCACUAAUUCAUUUGCUAGCUUUACAUAUUAU